UGCCGGAAGAAGCUGCGAGAGCUGGUGAUGGGGAUCGUGCUGCAGCCGCUGUCUGGUUCCCUGUGGUGCUGACUUUAUUUCAAUGCCUCGCACUUGUAAUUCCUGGGUGGAUGGACUUGUCCUAUGGACCCGGGUUUGCUCUUCUUUUUAGCCCAGUGUCUUGUUGGUGACCGACGAGCAUGUGCCAUGGGGAACUGCUGGGCUCGGUGCAUGAGGUUGUUCAGGAAGGAGGCCAACAGGAUCCAGUGUGGUGGAGGAUCAAAGUAUUUUAGAACAACUUCUGUUGGAGAGCACUUUACUAUAGAGUUUGAGAAUUUGGUGGAGAGUGAUGAGACUGAAAGUCCAGGAUCCAACCAGAGACCAAUUAGUGAAGAUGAAGUUCAGAUCCUUCACGAUAGGCAGUAUGAUGCACUUACUCAGAAGCAAGUGGCAGUGGACACACAGAUUCAGUCUGAGUUAGCUGCACAAGAGGAACAGUUAAGGAUAGAAGAAGAAGCAUUUUAUGCUGCACAGCGUGAAGCAGCCAGGGCAGCAAAGCAGAAAAAGCUGUUGGAGCAACAAAGGCUGCAAAAGAUGAAGCAAAAGACCAAGUCUGCUGCAAGCCCUGAUCAGCAAAAUGGUGAAACAGGAGAAGACUUUGACACAUAUCUGCAGCAUGCAAAAUCUCAGUCGGAAGCUUUCCGGAACCAACACAGAGUCUUUGCAGAGCCUACUCUCCUAACGCCAAACACUGAAAGCAGCUGUGACCUAACAACGAAAACCAAAUCAACAAAUGAUGACAGUACAUCACUAGACCUCGAGUGGGAGGAUGAAGAAGGAAUUAACAGAAUGAUUCCAAUGAGAGAACGUUCUCGAACAGAGGAAGAUAUUCUCCAAGCAGCCAUGAGGCACAGCACUCAUAGACCUGGAAGCAAUCCCUUGUCUGCAUCAGAUGAUUCAACCGGACUAGAAUGGGAGAAUGAUUUUGUCAGUGCUGAGGUGGAUGAUAAUGGGAAUUCUGAAUAUGCUGGUUUUGUAAACCCAGUUCUAGAACUCUCUCCUAGUGAUGUGAAAACAACAGAUGCUAAUCAGCAAGGUAGAUAGUGUCCUUGCCAGGUAACGUGGAUUGGUUUAAACCAAAAUUUUAAGACACUAUAAAAAUGUUUUUCGAUUUUCAUGGGACUUUUGUUUUUUGUUAACUAGUGCUCUGACUCGACAUAGUGCAAAGCAACAUAGCUGCUUUGUAUUGUGCUCGCACAUACAAUUUAUAAUUAAGUGCAAUUCUUGUAAACUUUCAUCUUAUGAAUGAAAAUUUUAAGCCAUUACCUUUGGUGUUGAUUAAAGUGUGUGGUAAAGGGAAAUGUGACACGGUUUACUUGGUGAAACUUUCUAGCUACAUGAUGCAUGUGGGUAGGUAUUCAUUGCUAGGAGUCAUUGUUGCUGUAGUUUUACAAGGAAUAGCAGUGACACUGGAUUAAACUUAUUAUUUAGCAGCUACGUUAGUUUACAAAAAUAAGCCUUCUCUAAUGUUCUAUUGUUCUUUAUAUUGGAAAUUAUUCAUGGUUGAAUGUUCACAGAUAUUUCUCCGAACUAUCAAAAAGCAAAAUACAGUAGUUGUUAGAAAUCUGAAACAAUGAAAUAAUCAGCCAUUCAGACAUCUCCGUGGUGAAAGAAACAGAUCUAGCAAUCCAACAUGGUGGCCUGGAGAAUACUACUGAAAUGUCAUCAACCUGAAGUUCUAGCUUUGUUCCUCCGUCUCCGUAGAUGCUGCUUGAUCUGUUGAAUAUUUCAAGUAUUAUUUCUCCAAUUUGCUUUAUACUUUUUCUUCAAUGAAGAUCAUUCCAAUAUUCCAAAUUAUAGAUAUUUCAUUUUGUUAAAUCCAUUGAUUUUUUCCAUCUUCUGACACUUUUUAAUCUAAUAAAAUAGAUAAGGUAGUAGGAGAUUUUUGUUAUUAUGUGACAGGUACCAGGAGACAUUUAGCUAGAAUUGUUUUACUUUAAAGCAUAACUACUAAUAACUUCAUCCAUGUUUUAUAGAAUUCACAAGAAUUAUGAAUUCCACAAGCUGGCAAUCCAUUUUGGUCUCCUAGUACAGAAUCAGUAGGGUAACAAUUCAGCCUUGGCCUUGUGCAACUAACACACAAUAUUAUAAUUUAUCUUGUAUUCAGUUUCUGAACUUUAAGUAUUGUAAUUAAAUGUACUAUGCCUAGAAAGUCACCAAGGUUAAUAGUUUAAUGGGUUAACAUAUUGUGCUGUUGUCCUUAAACAUGGAUUCAAAGAUGACUCUGAUUUUCCACUUUUUUGUGCUGGCUGCAGGAGUCCUGCGAAAAUUCAAUUACAUAAUGUUAAAAUAUGCCCUUUUCUAGUAGGAAGCACAACAGACAACUGUCCUUAAUAUAAAAUAACGUUCUCACUUAGAGAAGCCAUUAGUAUAUCUUGCUUAAGAAAUGGAUUAGAAAUCAUGCCAGUGUACUGUAGAGAACAGUUGUGGAAUUAAAAAGGUGGCACCUUGUUUAACACAAAGGCUUUUACCUUUCAUCUGCAAAAUCUGACCUGGAGUACUUGAGAAUAUUAUUCUAUUCCUUAUCUCUGGCAUGUUACAAUGUGCACAAGAUAUUUCCCAAACAAAAUUUGUUCUUCAGUUUGUUUAUUGAGAAGUUAAAUAUAGAACUGGGAAUUUUGUAAGGAAAUUGUAUUCUAAAAAUGUUUUGUUCAUCAACUGUAAGUCAAAGUCCUUUAUGUAGUCCUCCAAAACAUUUACAGCUUUUUAGGCAUGUUGGUGGUCCUUUUACCUUGACUGUCUUCUGGAAUGUAGGCAGCUGCCCUGUAAGGGUAUCCGUGUUAAACCUCAUGUAUAUUCUGCAUUCCCCAAAGUGUGAUGGAAAAAAAUCACAGUGGGUAUGAAAUAAAUGAAUGUAAAACCAAUUCUGUAAUGCAGCAGAACACUGGAAGCUACAGCUUGGAAAACCCAUGAAAAGAAACUUCAAUAAAUGCUUGGGGAAGUAGUGAAAGAUGUGUAUAGGACAGGAACAGAAGGAUGAGUGUGAUGUAGCAAACUAUGAGGAAAAUUGGUUUGUACCCAAAUACCAGCAUGAUCUUGUUGGGAUGUUGCAGGUACUUGCUGUAAAUUCUGUUACCUGAAUCUGAAUGCAGUUUGUUCAUUACGUCCCAAGGAUAUUUUAAUGCACUUUUAUUUCUAUAACCUUGUCCAUCAGAACUGUUGGCAUAUUCACAUUUGAUCAUUUCCAUCACUCUUAAAUAUCCUUUAGAGCAUGUAUAGAUUCUUACUAAAGUCAUUGCUGAUGAUGAAAUACUCUGUGCUCAAUUGCCUUCCAUCGUUCCAGUUUCAGCAGAGCUAAAUAUUGUUGCUUAACUCAUUCUAAUGAUCACUCGUUGAAAAGGGCAUUGUGACAUCAAAUUCUCUUUAUUAUAAUAUACUCAUGAAUUAAUAUAUUAAUAAUGACAAAAUAAAUGUAAAGUUGGAUUUAGAGUGAAAUAUACAGGUAUAAUUGCUUUAAAAUGUGCUUUGAUCACUGUCCAAAAAAAAGAGAAACUUAAAUUCUGUUUUUUAAUGUGACUAUUCUUAAAGAUAUUUCUUGCUCUUAAUGGCAAUAAUGAACUUGUAAGCUUUUUGGAGUGUAUGCCUCUGCCUCUUUUUAAAUACACCACCAAUUGUUGCAGUUGUCUUUGUUUUGUUUUGUGAACCAGUGAAUUGUUCUAAUCAAUUGUGAACCUGAAAUCCAAACCUUGAUAGUGAGGUACAGGCCUAUAUGGAGUCUUCCCUUCCUGGGCAAGAUUCUUAAGAAAGUCAUUUUCAACCGACUUUCUGAAUGAGAACAACAUUUCCUAGAAAAUUUCAGUCAGGUUUUAGAGCAAGCAGUGCGCGCCGUUACCAAAAUUGUCAGCAGCCUUAAGCUCAGUGCAGAUGCCAGUAGAGUCUCGAUUCUAAUUCUCCUAGAUCUAAGUGCUGCCUUUGACACAAUUGACCACAACAUUCCAGAUUGUCUUGAGAACUGGGUUGGCCUCUCUGGCUGUGCCCUUAAUUAGUUUUUUUCAUUUGUCUGUCUGGAGACCAAUUUUCUAAGAGAUUUGAUGUGUCUUUUGGUGUUGCUCAGGGAAGCUGUCUUGGCUCCUACUCUCUUCCUUAUACAUUGUCCCUUCAGAAGACAUCAUUAGAGAGCAUAGACUUUGAUUUCCAGAGUUAGGCAGAUGACACACAAUUGUUUAUCAUGUUUAAAUCUGAUGAUGAUAACACCCCAUCUUCUCCGACUUAUGGUCUGGCUGCAAAAAAACAACCAGAUGAGCAAUAAUUUCCUAAAACCAAAUGAAGAUAAAACUAAAAUAAAGCACUCACAAAAUGCUGGAGGAACUCAGCAGGCCAGACAGCAUCAAUGGAAAAGAGUAAACAGUCAAUGUUUCGGGCUGAGACCCUUCAUUAGAACUAGAGAAAAAAAGAUGAGAAAUCAAAGCAAGUAGGUGGUAGGAAGGGAGGAAGAAAUACAGGGUAGUUGGUGCUAGGUGAAACCUGGAGGGUGAGAGAGGUGAAGUAAAGAUCUUGGGAAGUUGUUUAUUGAGAGAGAUACAGGGCUGGAGAAGGGGAAAUCUGAUAGGAGAGAACAGAAGGCUAUGGAAGAAAGAGAAGGGGGAGAAGCAUUAGAGGGAGGUGAUGGGCAGGUAAAGAGAUGAAGUGAAGUUCGAGAAAUCGAUGUUCAUGCCAUCAGGUUGGAGGCUACCCAGACAGAAUAUAAGGUGUUGCUCCUCCAACCUGAGUGUGGCCUCACCGUAGCAGUAGAGGAGGCCAUGAAUAGACAUAUCAGAAUGGGAAGUAAAAUUAAAAUGGGGGAAUACUUUUGGUUGGUCCCAAAGCCAAAAGAGAUAAACUUAUUGAUAAACUUGGGAACUUGGCUCCCCUUGUACAAUCAGAAGGAAUAAGCCUGGGUGUUUUCCUGGAUUCAGAUCUGAAAUUUAAAUCCCACAUAAUGAAUGUGACCUGAGCAGCAACUUAGGAAAUAUUGUAAAGGUACGUCUGUGUCUGUCACAUAAUGAUGGUGAAAAACUAACUCAUGUCUUUGUAUCAAAUAGACUAGAUUUAUCUAUUUGUUGAAAUAAAGUUCAAAGUAAAAUUUAUUAUCAGAGUACAUGCAUGUCACCACAUACAACCCUGAGAUUAUUUUUCUUGCAGACACAAUUAGCUAAUCUACAGAACAGUAACUGUAAAUAGGAUCAAUGAACAACGAACGGUGCAAACACAAAUAUAAAUAAAUAGCAAUAAAUAACAAAAGCAUGAAGUAACGAUAUAGAGUCCUUAAAGUGAAUCCAUCAGUUGUGGGAACACCAGAAAUAGAAUGAGUGUAGUUAUUCUUUUGUUCAAUUAUGGACUAUGCACCAAAACGUCGAAAUUCAAUACCUAAAACUAUAAGGAAUUCAGACUCAGUUGAUACUUUUAAACGCCAGCCCAAAACCUGUUUAUUUAACCUUUGCUCUUAACUAACAUCUUUGUCUUUUAUUUUCAUGUUUGCAUCUUAUUCCAUUGUAAAGCACUUUGAACUACAUUGUCUGUAUGAAAAGUUCUCUAUAAAUAAUUUAUUAUUAUUGAACAACUUUAAUAAUUUAAAUACUGCACAUAUUAUUAAAUAGUUCGUGCAAACAUUGAACAAAUCAAUGUUUGGUCAUUUGCACCAAGGUUCUUGGUACCAAGCUAAAUGAGUAAUCUGUUUAAUAAAUACCUUCUGAAGACUCGUGGUUUCUGAUGCCACCCCUCCAAGGAAAUAUUCUUCCUGCUGUAGUGAAAAAUGUCACUGUCCUAACCCUUAAUUGAUGUUAUACAUUUUUUUAAAAUCAUUCGAAGUGUGUUCUCUUAGUCCCAGCAUAAAUCUAAUUAGUGAAGAGCAGAUGACUGGACCACUCAACUCUGAACCUAAGUUCAGCCUUUUCUUU